AUGGUGACCAUUGGUUAUCCUUUGCAUUUGCUAUUGGGCCUAUUCACCAGUACCUCUCUGUAUGAAGUUAUCCAGAAUUUGGCCAUCAGCCUAACGUGUGCGGUAUGUUCGAUGAAAACAUUCGCCAUUUGGUGGAAAUUUAAAGAUAUCGAUGGAAUGUUUGAGAUUGUACAGCGUCAAGACGAACACACCCGACCGGGCGAGCAAACGGAAUAUCUAAAGCAGAAAGUAUAUCCUCCGAUAAAGAAUCUAUUCUUGUUGUUUUACAUUCUGUGCAGUAUGGUAGUCAUAACGGGAGAAAUUUCGGUUAUUUCCAAUGGUUUACGUGGCAACUGGUUACUCAUGUAUCAAUCGUAUUUUCCAUUUGAUCCUUAUGCAUCGUCGAUGAAUUAUGUCAUUGCUCAUAUCUAUCAAGUUAUUGGAUUAUCUUUUACGGUUACUCAGAAUUUGGUCAAUGAUACAUUUGGCGGUGGCCACCUAGCACUUUUGGGUGGUCAGGUCCAUUUGCUGGGAAUGCGUUUAUCCAAUAUAGGACAUAACCCUACGAAAUCGAUGGCUGAAAAUAAUAAAGAGCUUUUGGAGUGUAUUCAUGAUCAUUUGGAUUUAUUGGAAUAUCGUCGCAAAGUCGAGGAUGUGAUUUCCAUGUACAUGUUCUUUCAGAUACUCUUUUCGAGCAUAAAUAUGUGUGUGGAUGUGGUAUUUCUGUUACUCUUUGUCCAGGAUCCAUUUACUAUGAUCUAUUAUGUGUGCUGUUUUAUUGGCAUGAUAUCUGAAGUACUGCCCAGCUGUUAUUUCGGAACAAUUUUGGAAGAUGAAUUUCAAGAUUUGUCGUAUUCCUUGUUCUGCUGCAAUUGGCCCGAUCAGGAUUUAACAUUUCGGAAAAAUCUUCGAAUUUUCGUUGAACAAGCAUCGCGUCGAAUUUAUGUUACUGCCUGGUGGUUUCGCAUUAAUAAUGUUUCCUUUUUAACCGCUGUUAAGGGUUCGUAUUCGAUCUUUUCACUUAUAAUGAAUACGCGUUGA